AUGAUGUUAGCUGUAACAACACAUCGACAAUUUUUAUCUCAAGUAAACCAUAAAAGUUUUCGUCAAUUAUUUCAAAUGUCUAACAAAUCAUCUGCUGUUGCUGAUCAAGUUAAAACCUUAAUCAGAGAAAAUACGGUUAUGGUAUUUUCAAAAACAGCCUGCCCUUAUUGUGUAAAAGGUAAUGUGAUUAUGGAUAGUCCUGUAACUAAAAUUAGUCAAAUUUUAUUUCCUGUUUUAGCAAAGAAAGUUUUAUCAAAAUAUAAAUUAAAAAGUAAUAAAGUUAUUGAAUUAGAUCAAAUAGAUGAUGGUAAUUCGUAUCAACAAGUAUUAGGUGAAAUCACAUCAGCGCGCACAGUUCCCCGCAUAUUUAUCGCUGGUAAAUGUAUUGGUGGUGGAGAUGAUACAGAAGCUUUGGAUAAAAAAGGAGAAUUAGAAAAAAUAUUAAAAAAGGCAGAUGCUAUUCAAGAUUAA